UUUCACAGCUAAUAUUCACCAAUACUAUUCUCAGAACUAGUAUAUGUUCUGGUCUUUUCAAGCUGCCACUUCUUGCAGAUCAGGGUCUGUGUGUUUUCAUCCGCUGGACCCGCACAUUCCUCGGAACAGGGAGCGGCCUUUCUGCUGAAACCAAAUCCAACCGGUUCUGCAAUUCACUGUCAUUCAGGGUUGCCUCAUUGAUCCCACUCCCGCCUCCUCCCGCAGUCAGACCCGUCCUGAGCCGCUGAGAGUUAGUGUGACCCGGACCGCGACAGUCCCGCUCUACCCCGGCUCACCCGGCCCCGUCCAUCUGUUCACAGCCGAGCGGCCUCGGGAGCAGCAGCAUCGACUCAACUCUCCGGACAGGGAGAACAAACCGGAUCCAGGCCCAUUGACGUCACACCCGGAUAUCGGACUGUUUUCCCGGGACCACACUGAUCACCAACCGGUUACGAUAUCAGAGAUAAUAGCCAGCAGGUGGUACUUCCUUCCACCCGGAAGGCGGACAAGCAGACGGCAAGCAAGCAACGUCAGUCAGAUUCAAAAUGGACACAGAUCUGAACUCGGCCAUCUCCGCCUUCCUGUCAAAUUGUGAUGAUCACCAACUGUUCCGGUUGACGAGAUUCUACAAGAAGCGACUGGAGCAGGCGAUUGAGGAGCGUGUGGAGGGAGUCGGCUUCAUGUUAAUGGGCGAUGAUCACUUCACCGGGCAAGAGUAUCACAGCGUGACUGAGCUGGCGGAGAAGGCAAAUCGAGCGGGCGCUUCCAAACUCCUCCUGGAUCUGGUGAUGGAGAAGGGCUCGGGGGCCCAGAGGGUGAUGUGGGAAUCCUUUGUGAAAUUACAUCACCAUUUACCGAAGCUUAGCAGAAUACUGAAUGAAAUACGGGAACAUGGUGACGGCCAGUUCGCCUACAUGGACACUGAGCGGGGUUUAUCUGAAGUACCCAAGCAUCUGAAAGAUGUUCAACAGAAACACAAGGAGACUCUGCGGACACAAACUGAAACACUGAGAGUGAACACGAUCCUGAUGAGGGAGAAGGUGAAGGUUUUCCAGCUGCUUGAUCGAUACGCUGAGCUCACGGUCAUUUCUACUGUUCGAGAUCGGAGACUGGUGGAACAUGAGCUGCUGGCAAGAGGCAGAGACCACGAGGAGUGGAAACACAAACAUCUCCGCAGGGAGCUGGAGAAAGUCCAUAUUGAUCAUCUGUUUCAGAAUAGUUACUCACAUAGUUUUCGGGACAAAAUGAAAAGAUUCUUCACACGAUUAACUUCGGGAUGCUCGGUAGCAAUGGCCGGAGUCCCGGGGAUCGGGAAAACAACAAUGGUACAAAAGAUUGUUUACGACUGGGCCACAGGGAAAAUAUACCAACAAUUCCCCUUUGUCUUCUGUUUCAAAUUCCGAGAUUUAAACUCCAUUAACUGCAGAAUAAACCUGAGGGAACUAAUUCUGGAUCAGUAUCCAUACUUUGGGAAUAUCCUGAGAGAGGUCUGGAAGAACCCGGAGAGAUUGCUGUUUAUAUUCGAUGGUUUGGAUGAAUUCAAACACAGAAUCGAUUUUGCGGACAGUCGGAGAGACACAGAUCCCAGGUACCAGUGCACAGAUCCCGAGUGGCGGUGUGAAGUGUCUGACAUUGUGUACAGUUUAAUACAGCACAAGCUGCUCCCAGGGUGUUCAGUGCUGGUGACCACCCGUCCCGCUGCGUUACAUUUAUUGGAAAAGGCUGAGAUCAGUGUUUGGUCUGAAAUCCUCGGAUUUGUUGGUGAGGAACGGAAGGAAUAUUUCAUCAGGCAUUUUGAAGAUCAAACGGUGGCAGCAGCUGUUUUCAAACACGUGCAGGAGAACGAGAUCCUGUACACCAUGAGCUACAACCCCUCCUACUGCUGGAUCCUCGCUCUGGCACUGGGCCCCUUCUUCACACAAAGAGUUAGGGACCCGCAGCGGGUUCCCAAGACAAUCACCCAACUGUAUUCCUACUAUAUUUACAACAUCCUGAAAAAUCACGGACGUGAGAUUGAGAGCCCCCGUGAUGUGUUUCUCAGGGUGGGUCAGAUGGCCUACAGAGGAGUGUCCGAGAAGAAGAUUGUGUUUGCAGACGGAGAUUUGAUCAAGUUCAAUCUGCAGCCUUCCCAGUUCCUGUCCGGGUUCCUGAUGGAGCUUUUGGAGAGAGAGGAUUCCGCCCGGAGCGUGGUGUACACAUUCCCACACCUCACCAUCCAAGAGUUUGUGGCUGCAGUCGCAAAAUUCCUGAAUCCACAUCCCGGGGAUAUCUUGAAAUUUCUCACUGAAGCCCACAACACGACAGAUGGACGAUUUGAAGUAUUUCUCCGCUUUGUUGCUGGUCUCUCCAACCCAAUGACAGCUCGGGGCCUGGAGGAGUUUCUGGGUCCAUUUCCUCAUCAAACAACCUGCCGGGUGAUUGACUGGGUGAAGGAGGAGGUUAAACGCCAGAGUGAAAACACGGGUGACAUUGGUAGAAGGAGACUCCUGAACACAUUGCACUACCUGUUUGAGUCUCAGAAUCGUGGACUGGCUCAGGCCGCACUGGGAUCUCUGAAAACACUUUCAUUCAGUGGAAUGACACUGACCCCGGUUGACUGCGCGGUCCUGUCUCAUGCCAUCGGACUCUGUGAUACAAUAAAAGAUCUCGACCUGGAGAACUGCAACAUUCAAUGUGAAGGACUCCAGCGGCUGGGACCCGGGCUGAGCAAGUGCCAGGAGUUGAGACUUGGGAAGAAUAAUCUGGGAGAUUCAGGAGUGAAACUGGUGUUUUCGGCUCUGAGGAACCCGGAGUGUAAAAUACAGAAACUGUGGUAAGUACCAAACUGUGGGAGAUU